CCAAGAGGAAGUGACUGGAAGUUCCGCCAUCCCAUCAUUCUCGAUGUAUCUCGGCUGCCUCGUGGUCAGGAAGCCAUGGAAGGAGACUAGUGCCUAGUAUUUGCGGAACCUGAAAACUUCCUUAAGCUGCAGUUGCUGUGCUGGCCUCCUAGGACAUUCAGCAGCUGGUCCUGUUGCCUUCCAGGUCUCCAUAUGCUCAGUCAACUCUCCAUAACUGUAAAUCAACACUAAGAGCACUAGAAGGUUAAAGGUCAAGGAGACUCUCACAAAGGAUCCAGAACUUGAAUGUUUGCUCCUCACCAAGAAUCUGGGAGAAGAACAACUAAAAGAAUGAGUGCUUCUCUGGAAAACACUGCACAGUUUUUCAUUACAGUGUCUAUUAACCUUCAAGGAUGUGUUUUUGGACUUCUCAUCAGAGGAAUGGGAAUGUCUCAAUUUUGCUCAGAGGACAUUGUACAUGGAUGUGAUGUUGGAGAAUUACAACAAUCUGUUGUUUGUGGAAAAUCACUGCAUAUGUGGAAACUAUGAGAAGGAGAAGGUCUUGGAACAAGACACACAGCACAUUUUCAAUGAGCAUGGGCAUAUCCAAGAGAAGUCUUUUAAAUGUAAUGAGUCUAACAAUAUAAUUCAUGAAUCCUCCCAAAGUACACCUCAUAAAACUAACCACAGAGAUGCCACUCUUCAAUCUUCAAACCUAAAAAGACAUAAAACUCGGACCACUAAAGAAGUUUGCACAUAUAAAGACUGUGUAAACCGUUUAAAGGUGUCUUCUACCAUUAGUCUCAAUCAAGGAACCCACAUAGAGAAGAAAGAACACAACAGAAAUAAAAAUCUUGAUGAGGUUUUGGUUUCUAAACAUAAACCCAUUGUGAGACAAAACAAUAGUGAAAUGAACACUUACACUUGUGGUGAAUUUGACAAAUGCUUUACUCAGAGUGACAAUCUUCAAAGUCAGCAGAGAAUUUAUCCAUUAAAGAAAUCUUACAAAUAUAGUGAAAGUGACAAAUGCUUUACACAAAAGUUCUAUCUUGGUAUCCAUCAGAAAAUUCAUACUGGAGAGAAAUUUUAUAAAUGUAAUGAAAGUGACAAAUGUUUUAAACACAAAUUCAAUCUUAGUAUGCAUCAGAGAAUUCAUACAGGAGAGAAAACUUACAAAUGCAUUGAAUGUAACAAAUGCUUUAUGCAACAAUCCCUUCUUAGUAAUCAUGAGAGAAUUCAUACAGGAAAGAAGCCUUACAAAUGUAGUGAAUGUGACAAAUGCUUUACCCACCAAGUUAGUCUGAGUAUUCAUCAGAGAAUUCAUUCAGAAAAGAAACCUUCCAAAUAUAGUGAGUGUGAAAAAUGCUUUACCCACAAAUUUAAUCUGAGAACACAUCAGACAAUUCAUACAGGAGAGAAACCUUACAAAUGCAGUGAAUGUGACAAAUGCUUUACCCACCAAGUUAGUCUGCGUAUUCAUCAAAGAACUCAUUCAGGAGAGAAACCUUACAAAUGUACUGAAUGUUACAAGUGCUUUGCUUAAUAAUGCAGUCUGAGAAUUGAUCAGAGAAUUCAUAGAGGAGAGAAACCUUACAAAUAUAGUGAAUGUGAUAAAUGCUUUACCCAAAAAUACCAUCUGAAAAGUCAUCAGAGAAUUCGUAAAUGAGACAAACCUUACGAAUGUUGUAUAUGUGACAAAUGCAUUACCACAACCUCAGUGUAAGAAAUUGUCAGAGAUGUCAUAUAGUGGAGAAAAUUUAAAAGUGAAAUGAAUGAGGGAAUCCUUUAUGAAGAAAUAUCAUCUAGAAAUUCAUACAAAAUAGUUGUAGGAGAGAAAACCUUUCAAAUGUAUUGAAGAUGUGAAUCCUUUAGUUUUGGCCUAUCUCUUAGAAUUUAACAGAGAAAAUAUUCAGCCAAGAAUCUUAACAAAUAUAAUGUAUGCAGAAAUAUCUUUGACUUUAUUUCAGGUUAAAGAAAACAUAUAAACAUUUUUUUAUGAGGAAAGUAUUUCUGCUGGGAAAAAUGUGGCCUAUGUUUUAUUUAGGGUGUAUUCUUUGCAAUACUUACAUCUCUACAAUGAGAAUCAGAAUGAUCAUGAAAAUCUUAUGAAAAUCUUCUCACAAUGUGUAUGUCUUAGAUAAUGUCAACUAUUUAUGCUGAGAGAAACUCUGAAAAUGUGACAAUAUAGGAAAGCUUUCAUUAAACUUUUACUUGUUCACUCUCAAAUAUUAUAAGAUCAAGAUAAGUGGGGAAGCCAUACGACUAUAGUAUUGUGUAACCCUUUCAUGGAGACAGAAAUAAUAAAUUUCAAAGGGAAUCUAAUUAAGGUAUAUACUACACUCCUAAAAGUAUCUAAUAAAACAGGCAGCAAUCUGUAUAUAUAAUUGAAAUGAAAAAGUUCAGGCAAAUUGUACUUAAAAUUGUAUUUGACAAAGUGAACCCCAAGACUGCAUUUCCUUAUCCAAUAUUUAUACCUACAGAUGUGAAGUUUGCUUUGAGUAUCCAGUAUUCAUAAUUUUUCUAUCAAGUAUUGGUUUCUUGUUUCAAGAUAACAACUGAUUUAUGACCCCCUUUUGUUCUAGUCAACAACUCCUUCACUAAUGUAUUGUAAAUAAAGCUGAAUGAUUCACCAAU